CAAGGACUCAGAUUCCUAUUAUUUCCUCUUUCUCUCCACACCAUGAGGGGAAAUCAACUGCCCAAUCCAGUCUUGAUUCUAUUUUUCCUGCUUCUUCCCAGAGAUGCUUCCACUGCUUCAAAACCGCAGUAUCUGGUGCUGGUCCCAUCAGAGCUGUACACUGGGGUCCCUGAGAAGGCUUGUGUCAUGCUUAAUCACCUGAAUGAGACGGUGACACUGAACAUAAUUCUGCAUUAUGGAAUGCAGAUCAGAACCCUCCUCACAGACCUGGUGACAGAGAAGAACUCCUUCUACUGCAGCCCGUUCACUCUUCCGGAGUUACCAUCUUCCUCAGGGUUGAUUACUGUGGAGGUGAAGGGGCCAACCCAGCAGUUCAUAAAGAGGAAAAGAGUGCACAUCACAAAAGUAGACAGCCUCAUCUUUGUCCAAACAGACAAACCCAUCUACAAACCAGGACAAACAGUGAGAUUCCGCGUUGUCUCUGUGGAUGUCAAUUUUCACCCUUUGAAUGAAACGUUCCCAGUGGUUUAUAUUGAGAAUCCCAAGAGGAACCGAAUUUUCCAAUGGCAAAGUCUCAGAUUGCAAGGAGGACUCAGCCAGCUCUCCUUCCCACUCUCAGUGGAGCCCACUCUGGGUACUUAUAAGGUCAAUCUGCAGAAGGAGUCAGGGGAAAAAAUAGAGCACCCCUUUGAAGUGAAUGAAUAUGUCUUGCCCAAAUUUGAGGUCCAAGUGAAAAUGCCCAAGACUAUUGGAUUUCUAGAGGAAGAAUUUACGGUAUCCGUCUGUGCCCUAUACACAUAUGGAAAGCCUGUCUCUGGUCUGGUGACAAUUAAUGUAUGCAGAAAAUACUCACAACAGCGUUAUGCCUGCCAUGGAAGACAUUCACAAAAUACCUGUGAAGAAUUCAGUCAACAGGCAGACAGUGAAGGCUGUUUCACACAACUCGUGAAGACUAAGGUAUUCCAACUGAGACAGAAGGGAUAUGACAUGAGCAUACAAGUGGAAGCCAAAGUCAAAGAGGAUGGAACAGAGUUGGAAUUAACUGGGCAUGGAUCAUGUGAAAUCACAAAUACCUUAAGCAAACUGAAAUUUACAAAAGCGGAUACACAUUAUAGGCAUGGUCUCCCUUUUUUGGGGCAGGUUAUUCUAGUUGAUGAGAAGGAUCAACCAAUCCCCAAUAAAACUGUAGUCAUCAGGGUAGAUGUAACUGCAUACCGUUCCAGCCUUACCACAAAUGAGCACGGUCUGGUGAACAUUUCCAUUGAUACCACCAACUUCACAUCUUCUCUCUUUACAGUUACGGUCACUUACAAAGAGAAUAACCUCUGUUUUGAUAACUGGUGGCUUGAAGAAUUUCAUGCACAAGCACAGCACACUGUAAAGCAUAUUUUCUCCCCGAGCAAGAGUUAUGUUUACCUUGAACUUGUUGGUGGUACCAUGACCUGUGGACAAAUCCAGGAUAUCCGGGCGCAUUACAUCCUGAAUGGACAGAUUCUGAAGGACGAAAAAGAAUUAACUUUCUAUUAUUUGAUCAAAGCAAGAGGAAGCAUCUCCCAAUCGGGAAGCCAUGUUUUGUCCAUUGAACAAGGAGACACGAAAGGGGUAUUUUCCUUCUCCUUUCGAGUGGACUCAGACAUCGUUCCUGUUGCCCGGUUGCUGGUUUAUGCUAUUUUACCCAGUGGAGAAAUUGUCGCCGAUACUAAGAAACUCGAGAUUGAAAACUGUUUUGCCAAUAAGGUAAAUUUGAGUUUCUCCGAAGCCCAGAGCCUGCCAGCCUCACACAACAACCUGGAGGUCACGGCCACUCCUCACUCCCUCUGUGCCCUUCGUGCCGUAGACCAGAGCGUUCUGCUGAUGAAGCCUGAAGCUGAGCUCUCCCCUCAGUCGGUCUAUGACUUGCUACCAGUAAAGAGUGUCCCUAGCGUUGGAUAUGGAGGUCCCCUGACCAAAGAUGAUGAGCAAUGUAUCAUUGCAGAAGACAUAAUUCACAAUGGAAUCGUUUACACACCAAAACAGAUCCUGGAUGAUGAAGAUGUUUACAGUAUUUUUGAGUCUGCAGGAUUAAAUAUUUUUACCAACUCAAAAGUCCACAAGCAUUGUCAGCUGCUUCUGCCACGUCCAGGAAUGCCUAUGGCCUAUUCGGGAAGUAACGUCUUUCCUCUAGCACGUGGUAUUGCAGGACCAGUUUAUCCAAUGUUCCCCAGAGAGAAUCUUCCAGCCGUGGAAGUGAAAGAGACAGUCCGGAAGUACUUCCCUGAGACCUGGAUCUGGGACUUGGUGCCACUCGAUUCAUCAGGUAGAAAUGAGUUGGCAGUGAAUGUCCCUGACACCAUCACGGAGUGGAAGGCCAGCGCACUCUGCUUGUCCGGGUCGACAGGGCUGGGUCUCUCUCCCGUCAUCUCUCUUCAAGUGUUCCAGCCCUUCUUCCUGGAACUCACUCUCCCCUACUCUGUGGUGCGAGGAGAAGCCUUUACGCUCAAAGCCACCGUGUUCAACUAUUUAUCCCAUUGCAUUCGGGUCAGCUGGCAGCUGGAAGCCUUUCCUGACAAGUCAGCGGACCUAGUGAAAAAGAAUGAAGAAACUCCCUGUGUCUGUGCAAAUAGGCAGAAAACUAUGUCCUGGGCUGUGACCCCAAAGUCACUGGGAAAGGUGAAUUUCACAGCUACUGUGGAAGCCCUGCAGUCUCAGGAAUUGUGUGGCAACAAGGUGCCAAGAGUCCCAGCACUUGGACAGAAGGAUACCGUAAUCAAGCCCUUAUUAGUUGAGCCUGAAGGAAUAGAAAAGGAAGAAACUUUCAACACACUCCUCUGUGCAUCAGAAACUGGUGUAUCUGAAAAGUUGUCACUAAAAGUUCCUUCAGAUGUGGUUGAAGGAUCUGCCAGGGCGACAUAUUCGGUUUUGGGUGACAUAUUAGGCUCUGCAGUGCAAAAUCUUCAUAAUCUUCUCCAGAUGCCGUAUGGUUGUGGAGAGCAAAAUAUGGUCCUUUUUGUCCCUAACAUCUAUGUUCUGAACUAUCUGAAUGAGACACGACAGCUGACAGAGACUAUCAAGUCCAAAGCCAUCAGCUACCUCAUCAGUGGGUACCAAAGGCAGUUGAAUUAUAAGCACAGUGAUGGUUCAUACAGCACCUUUGGGGAUCAUAAUGGCAGAAGUCAGGGAAACACUUGGCUCACUGCAUUUGUGCUCAAGUCCUUUGCUCAAGCCCGGUCGCACAUUUUUGUGGAGAUGUCACACAUCACCAGUGCCCUCACCUGGCUCGCACAGAGACAGAAGGAAAAUGGUUGUUUCCAGCGCUCCGGAUCACUGCUAAACAAUGCUAUUAGGGGUGGGGUAGAUGAUGAACUGACACUCUCUGCCUACAUCACCAUUUCUCUGCUGGAGAUGCCACUACCUGUCACUCACCCUGUUGUCCGCAAUGCUCUGUUCUGCCUGGAAAAUGCCUGGGGAUCCAUCUCAGAGGCCCAAGGAAGUCUUGUCUAUUCCAAGGCAUUAUUGGCCUAUGCCUUUGCCCUAGCAGGAAAGCAGGCCAAGCGAAGUGAGCUUCUUGAAUCGUUGGACAAAGACGCUGUGAAAGAAGAGGACUCAAUCCACUGGCAGCGUCCUGGGAAAGUUGAAGACGUUACGACAUUCUGUUAUCAACCCCGGGCUCCUUCUGUUGAAGUGGAGAUGACUUCGUACUUGCUCCUUGCCUAUCUUACUGCUUGGCCAGCCCCAUCUUCAGAAGACCUGUCUGUGGCCUCACGUAUUGUGAAAUGGAUCAUCAAGCAACAAAACCCCAAUGGGGGCUUCUCCUCCACUCAGGAUACUGUGGUAGCUCUCCAAGCCCUGUCCAAAUAUGGAGCAGCAACUUUCAGUAAAAGGGAGAAAGCAACUGUAGUCACUGUCAAGUCUUCAGAGAAGUUCUUUGAAGAAUUCCAAGUCCACGAUGCCAAUCGCCUGUUGCUGCAGGAGGUCGGGUUGCCAGAGAUUCCAGGGGAGUACAGCACGACCGUGUCAGGGUCAGGAUGUGUGUAUCUCCAGACAUCCUUGAGAUAUAACAUCCUGCCCAAGAAAGAAGGGAAAGUCCCCUUCACUCUGAAGGUUGAUACUCUCCCCAAGAAUUGUGAUGGAGUACAUGCUCACAGGAAAUUCCAGAUUCACAUCAACAUUAGUUACACCGGGGAACGACCAAGCUCCAACAUGGUCAUUGUUGACGUGAAGAUGGUAUCAGGCUUCAUACCUACGAAAUCAUCCGUGAGAAAGCUCCAAGAAAAGCCUCAGAUUCAAAGGACUGAAGUGAGCACCAACCAUGUCCUGAUUUACUUUGAAGAGCUAACCAAUCAAACUCUGAGUUUCUCCUUCUCAGUGGAACAAGACAUCCAAGUUGACAAUUUAAAACCAGCUACUGUAAAAGCCUAUGAUUAUUACGAAACAGAGGAAUUCACUAUUGAAGAAUACAGGGAUCCCUGCAGUGCUGAAUCUGAACACAGAACUGCUUGAAAAUGGAAACUUGUGGACCUCAUCAGAUGAUCUUCUCUAGGAACGAAGGACAAAGACUUAUCAGGAGAGGAAGAUAGUGGGAGAAAGAGGGGACAGGAAUUGGAAAUAUAUAAAAUUUGAUGUUGAAUAAAUUUAUGACACAUACACUUCUACCGUUUCUUUUGUUCUGUAUCAGUAUUAUAUUUCCCUUCUGAAGUAUAUGUCUAUUCCCUGCAGUAUUUUUACAAACACUAUAAAAGCUGUAUGAAAACCUGAGCUAAAAACACUACAGAUAAAUCAAAAUGGAAUUCCAAAAAGUGUUCAAGUAACCCACAGGAAGGUAGACAAAAGAAAACAAUGUUUCCAAGUAUUGGAAACAACCAAAAUGUCCAUUAAUAGGCGAAUGGUUAUACUAACUGUGGUACAUUCAUGCCAUGGAAUACUACUCAGCAAUAAAAAGGAGCAAACUAUUGAUCUACACAAAAAUUUGAAUGGAUCUCAAGAACAUUAUGCUUGGUGAAAAUAAAGCCAAUUUCAAGAGAUCAUACUAUAUGAUUCCUUUUAUCUAACAGUCAUGAAAUGAGAGAAUUAUAGAAAUGGGGAAAAAUUAGUGGUUUCCAGGGAUUAGAGAUGGUAGGGCAAGGGGGGAUUGGAAUGACUAUAAGGGGUUGGUUUAGAGAGAUAUUUGGGGUGAUAAAAUCCUGUAUGUGUUUCAUUACAAGUAAAAUUUUUGCAUUUCUGUGGCUUAAUAAAAUGUUUUAAUAAUGACUAUGGUGGGGCAUCUGGGCAACUCAGUCGGUCAAGCAGCUGCCUUCUGCUCAGGUCAUGAUCACGGGGUCCUGGGAUAG